AUGGAGCCAGAGAAAAAGUUCCCGUUUAAAUGCAAAGAAAUCCAUUUCCAAACUGACUUCUCCUCACCUGAAAAUUUAGAGUCACUGGACAGUUUUGAAACCCGAGAUGAUGAUAUAUUCCUAAUUACAUAUCCUAAAUCUGGCACUAUAUGGACUCAGAAUAUUAUCAGCUUGAUUCUUUAUGAAGGUCAUCGAGAUGAAACUGAAAAUAUUACCCUGAUUGACAGAGCUCCAUGGCUGGAAUAUAAUAUUUUCAGUGUAGAUUUUCCCAGUCGCCCAUCACCUCGUGUAUUUACUUCCCAUCUGCCUUACAAUUUGGUACCCGAAGGAUUACAAAACAGAAGAACAAAAAUUAUUUAUGUACUUCGAAAUCCAAAGGAUGUCUUGGUUUCCAGCUAUCAUUUUUUUCAAAGGCCAGUCGGAAUACAAUCCAUAAAGGAUUUUGAUACAUUCUUUGAGAACUUUUUGGUUGGCAAAGUGUUCGGUGGUUCGUGGCUAGACCAUGUAAAAGGCUGGUAUGCUCAUAAGGAUGAUUUCAAUAUUCUUUUCCUUUCUUAUGAAGAAAUGAAAAAGGACCUGAGAGGUUUUGUACUGAAAAUAUGCAACUUCCUAGAAAGAGAACUAACUGAAAAGGAGGUGGAUGAGGUGGUGUAUAAAGCGACAUUUGAUAACAUGAAGGUGGAUUCUAGAGCAAACUACACAUUCAUGGCUCGUGAUAUUCCAGGUUUCAGCAAAGGAGACUUCCUUCGCAAAGGCACUGUUGGGGACUGGAAGAAUCUCAUGACUGUUGCCCAGAGUGAAAGGUUUGACCGUGUCUUUAAGAAGAAGAUGGAAAAGCUGCCCUUCAAGUUCUGCUGGGAUAUUCAGGAGGAGCCUGAGCCUAUUUCCAGAUCACUGGAGGAAAAUAAUNGGAAAAUCUUUUUCUUGAAGUAA